GCUACUCGUUAUGUGCUUGGAAACAGUGGCGAAGCGGAGCACGAGCGACAAAGUUCUCGCGCACUUCUUUACACUUUAACAGCGUUGCUCGUUCCGAGGAGGUUUAAGGCGAAUCGGUCCGGGGUUCAGCGCGUGCACAGUGAAACGACACCAGAGGGCGCUUCACGAGGGAUUUCAGCGAAGGGUUUUUCUUUCCCUUCCCAGUGCAGUCGUCGGUGCUUGGCGGUACAGCUGGUUAGGUGGUAAUUCCGCGAACGCGUUUCUAGGAGCCAGGUAUGUCCCGGUGUUCCGGGAGCGCACGUGAGCAGGUGCGCUGAGUGCACGCGACCGAUUACAUACGGUGUUAACGGGGACCAGGACCGUGUCCACAUUUGUGUUUGCGGGGUUGUUGUGCAUGUUGACUCCGAGGCAGAGAGACAUUGUUUAUAGCAGGCUGUUGUUUUUAUUUAUUUUUUGCAUGUUGUUUAAACACAGUAUCGUAUCGUUUUACUUGUAGAGCGCGCGCUUCGUCUCGCGCAGCUCGAGUUCGCUUUACGUUGGAAAACAUCGCAGUAACCGGAACCCACAGAUAGAUAUUUAAGGAAUUCUGUCCAACAUCCGUCCUGUUUCCUUCUUCUACUUCUACUUCCAGCGACGUCGACGGCAAAGUUUUUUUCUGUCAAGCGGCGAAUGGAAACCGCGCGCUCGAGCGAAGCGCUACGGCGUGCACGCGCGUGCUGAGCUCGAGCACAUCCCGGAGGUCCCGCUGAGACUCUCCGGUUCUUGUGGUUUUUUUAGUAGAAAAAUAAACAACCGAGAAAAAGAUGUCUAAGACGCUGAAGAAGAAGAAGCACUGGGCGAACAAAGUGCAGGAGUACGCGGUGUCCUGGGGCGCUGGAGAGCUGAGUUCGGUGCUGGAGAUCGGCGGCGGCGCCGAACACGGAGAGUUUCCGCACGUGGGUCACGGCGCGUCGUGCUUUUCCGCUGCGUUGCGGUGGCACGCUGGAAGAGCUCCGAGCCCAGGAGACGUGCUGCUCGAGGUGAACGGGACGCCCGUGAGCGGCCUCACGCACCGCGACACGCUCGCUGUCAUCCGCCACUUCCGGGAGCCCGUGCGCCUCAAGACCGUCAAACCGGGUAAAGUCUUAAACACGGAUCUGCGCCACUACCUUAGCCUGCAGUUCCAGAAAGGCUCAUUGGACCACAAGCUCCAGCAAGUGAUACGAGACAACCUGUACCUCCGUACCAUCCCCUGUACAACGAGACAGCCUCGAGAGGGGGAGGUUCCCGGUGUGGACUAUAACUUCAUCAGCGUGGAGGAGUUCCGUGUUCUGGAGGAAAGCGGGCUGCUGCUGGAGAGUGGAACCUACGAUGGUAAUUAUUACGGCACCCCCAAACCUCCGGCCGAGCCCAGCCCUGUGCAGCCCGACCUGGUGGACCAGGUGCUGUUUGACGAGGAGUUUGAAACCGAGGUGCAGCGCAAACGGACCACGUCGGUCAGCAAGAUGGAGAGGAAGGACAGCGCGGCGCCUGAGGAAGAGGACGACGAGGAUAGGCCAGCGCUUGUGAACGGUCUUACAGAACAUAAGGAAGGAGCCGAUUGGAGGAAGACCGUACCGAGCUACACGCAACCCGGCAGUGCCAUGGACUUCGGAGCCUGGAGCAUGCUACCCGGGGAUGAGAGCCAGGAGACGCUACCCAAGAAUUGGGAGAUGGCCUUCACAGAGACUGGCAUGGUCUACUUCAUAGAUCAUAACACAAAGACUACAACCUGGCUGGAUCCACGGAUGGCCAAGAAAGCGAAACCCCCUGAGAAGUGUGACGAGGGAGAGCUGCCGUAUGGCUGGGAGAAGAUCGAGGACCCGCAGUACGGCACCUACUUUGUGGACCACAUCAAUCAGAAGACGCAGUUCGAGAACCCUGUGAUGGAAGCCAAGAAGCAGCACAACCAGGAGGCGCCCGCGGCGAGCCAGCCAGGACUUGUGCCCUCAGGUAACCACCAGACGUCCAUCUUCUUACCUCAGGAUGGCUCUCUGAGGGGUUUUACACGAGACCCAUCGCAGCUACACGGGACAAUUUUGCGCACUGCCCUCAGGAAGAGCACUCAGGGUUUCGGCUUCACCAUCAUCGGUGGAGACAGACCGGAUGAGUUCCUGCAGGUGAAGAACGUGCUGAGGGACGGCCCUGCAGCACAGGACAACAAGAUCGCCCCGGGGGAUGUCAUUGUGGACAUCAACGGCACGUGUGUGCUCGGUAAAACCCAUGCAGAUGUGGUGCAGAUGUUCCAGUCAGUUUCAGUGAACCAGUACGUAGACAUGGUGCUGUGUCGAGGCUACCCCCUGCCCGAGGACACCGGCGAUGAGCCUUCAGGAGACGCCGCAGCCGCGCCGCUAGCAGUCGGGCAGCCGCUCGUACCCGAGGGCCGACAGGAGGACGGCCCUGAGCUCACCCUGCUGCAGCCUGAGCUGGUGAGCGUGACUCUGGCCAAGGGGCCGAACGGAUUUGGUUUCGCCAUCGCCGACAGCCCGCUGGGCCAGAAGGUAAAGAUGAUCCUGGACGCUCAGUGGUGUCGCGGCCUGCUUAAAGGCGACGUGAUUAAAGAGAUCAACCGGAAGAACGUGCAGACGCUCAGCCACACGCAGGUGGUGGACAUCCUGAAGGAGCUGCCGCCCGGCUCCGAGGUCAACAUGCUCGUGCUCAGAGGAGGUCAGACGUCUCCUGUGAAGUCUCUGAAGCCUUGUGCCACAUCAGUGCCGAUGCCAGCUACCCACAAGCACGAAGCAACCACCAACGCAGUCAACAGGGACAGCCCGAGUCCUGUCGAGCCGCUCCCUCAGACUCUUCCCCAGACUCUACCUGUAGCUCUUCCCCAGACUCUACCUGUAGCUCUUCCCCAGACUCUACCUGUAGCUCUUCCCCAGACUCUUCCUCAAGCUCUUCCCCAGUCACUCCCCCAAGUUCCUCCCCAGUCGCUGCCUUUCCCUCCCAACGUGAUGCGCUCCAACUCACCCAAACUGGACCCAUCUGAAGUCUACCUCAAAUCCAAAGCCAUCCUUGACAGCAAGCCUGCUAACACCAAAGAUCUGGACGUGUUUAUUAAAAGGAACCAGGAGUCUGGCUUUGGCUUCAGAGUGCUGGGUGGAGAAGGACCAGAUCAACCUGUGUACAUCGGUGCUAUCGUGCCCCUGGGUGCAGCAGAGAAGGACGGGCGUCUGCGGGCAGGUGAUGAGCUCAUGUGUAUCGACGGUGUUCCUGUAAAAGGAAAAUCCCACAGGCAGGUCCUGGAGCUGAUGACCAACGCCGCACGCAACGGCCAGGUCAUGCUCACCGUGCGCAGAAAGCUCAUCUACGCAGAGGAUGCAGACGGUGGACAGACCCAGACAACUCCCCCUCAGGUUAACGGCUCUCCCAGGCCUCCUCACGCGGACGCUCCAGCUCCCGCACUGUUCCAGCCCGAGCCGUACGACGUCACGCUACAUCGCAAAGACAACGAGGGCUUCGGCUUCGUCAUCCUCACCUCCAAGAACAAACCACCACCAGGAGUAAUUCCUCAUAAGAUCGGAAGGAUCAUUAUGGGCAGUCCGACGGAUCGUUCCGGAAAGCUUAAAGUGGGUGACCGCAUCUCCGCCGUCAACGGCCAGUGCAUCGUGGAGCUGUCGCACAACGACAUAGUGCAGCUGAUCAAGCAGGCUGGCAACAGCGUCACCCUCACUGUGCUUCCUGAAGAAGAGCACAGCGGCCCUCCGUCAGGCACCAGUUCAGCCAAGCAAAGCCCGGUGGCUCAACACAAAGCCAUGGUACAGCAGCCUACCAGCCGUGAUGACGGCACCGGCCCCGAGACAGAGGAGAAAGACGAGGGUGUGGCCUGGGGUAACUACAAAUCCCUCCCUAGGAAUGAGACGGGCACCGGAAUCAGCUCAGGCACCAAGCAGGGCUGUUUCCCAGUGGAGCUGGAGAGAGGACCACGUGGCUUCGGGUUCAGUUUACGUGGAGGGAAGGAGUACAACAUGGGCCUGUUCAUCCUGAGGCUGGCCGAGGACGGCCCGGCGCUGAAGGACGGCAGGAUACACGUGGGAGAUCAGAUCGUCGAGAUCAACGGCGAGCCAACGCAAGGCAUCACGCAUACGCGGGCUAUCGAGCUCAUCCAAGCAGGAGGCACCAAAGUGAUGCUGCUGCUGCGGCCGGGCCAGGGCCUGAUUCCUGACCACAAUGGUAUGGAAAUGGUGACAACUCCACCUGCAAACUAUCCAAAGUAUCCUGUUCCUGACGAGCCAUCAACGAUAACAUCACUGUCGUCCCCUUCUCUUUUGCCUUCAGAGGGCACGUCAGCACAUUCUGCCUCCCGCGCUCUUCAUCAUCAACCGCGAACUCCCAAAGAACCCAGGACCAGCAGUUCCAGCGUGUCUCUUCAUGACAACACUCCCAGCCCACAAAAAAUGGACACUUCACGCACAGAGGGGAGAGAAGGUUCACACAGCCCGCGGAAAAUGGAAAAGAAGCCGUCUGUUACGGUGAUGAACAAAGACGUCAAUGCCGGCACUCAGAGUCUGGACGUAUACACGGACAGGAAAGCCCAGGGGCAAAAGGACAGAGGUGGACGCUCAGCGAGCCCUCAAAAGAGUCCCAGAAAGGAACAAGAGACUGGCAUCAGACAGCCAUCUAAAGGAUACGAGGAACCACAGAGGUAUUCUGAUGGCCAACAGUUUCAUUAUGGAUCUGGAGGGAACCUGAACACGGAGGAAGACUUUGAUGUCCAACAGGACAAGGAGACAGGAGAGAUGAGGCCUGAGAUCGCAAGAUCAGAUAACGAGCGGCGUCACAGAGAGAAGGGUGUUCAGAGAGUAGCAGCACCUCAGAAACCCCAAUCCCAGACCCUCGACAACAGGACCAUGCCAGAGCAACAGCCUACGACCUUAAACUGGAAAGGCCAUCGAGAACCCAAAGAGGGCCGAUACAGAGGGGGAGCAGGCGACGAGAGCAAAAGAGAUGCACGGGGAUCUAGCAGCGGUCCACCAGAGACUUCUUGGAAUGGGAACCCCAGCAACAAGAAGGCUCCCAUCACCCCUGGUCCAUGGAAGGUCCCCAGCUCUGCUAAGAUGCAGUCUCAGGUGGAGGGGCUCUGAUGCUUGGUGGAGUUACUCAGAAACGAUGGUCAUUCGGAAUCACUGUGUAAUCGAUGCAUAUUUUUUACGUGACUUGUACACCAUACUGUAUCUUCACCGAAUUCCAGAUGACGUAUUCACGUUCCUGGUUAUUCCACGUCUUAAGUAUCUGUGUCCUCCUGUCUGAGUUAGGGGGUUUGUCCCACCAGCAGUGACACCUGUCUGUCUUGUAUCGUGCCAAUCAGAGACUCCAGCUGAAAAGACUCGACACACAUCCUGUGAGGUGCUUUGUAUUCCGGAAUUGAGAAGGAGCGUUUUUUUUUGUUUUGUUUUGUUUUGAUUUCUUUUUGUUUUGCUUUUUUAGUUCACAUUCAACACCUACAUCCUUUGUGCCUUUGUUUGAAAUGCAGCGUGUCCUUAAAACUCGUGCGGUUCAUCAUUGCAUGUAUAAUUCAUCCAAACCGUGUUCUGAGUAUAUUAUUUAAGCUUAACAAACAUUACAGUUAUCAGCUUUGCAGUGUAUUUUAGACCAAUUAAAAAAAAGUUCCUCCUUUAAUUGACCAGAUACUUGUGUUUAAGUAUAUUGUUUACUACAUGUGAGCUCAUGAAGAACACUAUGUAAUUUAUUAAAACGGGAAAAAAAAGAAAUUGCAAAUAUCUUAAAGAUUUCUAUAAUCGUAUAUAAACAUCGUGCACCAGAUCCCAAAGAGCUCAUCUCAUCCCUCCCUGCUUUAGGGAUGCGAACUCGGUGCACUACAUGCUUUAAGGGGAUGGAUUUUUCACAUCGUUGUAGCUUUUACAAUUAUGCAUCGUGUAUCAUAUAGCAAGCUGUGCACACUGGGGAUAGAAACUAAAUAAAUGCUCAUAUCUUUAAGGUUAAAUGAAGGUAAAAUAGGGAUGGCUGGGGUGUAAAUCAUAUUUUUUCAUACAACCGAAUAUAUAUUUAGUUCUAUUUCUUUAUAUCUUUAAAAAAAAAAGUAUAUAAGGAGCAAAUCUUUGGUAGCCAGAUAUUAUUAUUAUUAUUAUUAUUGGAGUACAGAUUGAAUGUGAAGAAUAAGAGUGAACUGGAUUUAUUGCUGUCUUGGUCAAAACUGGUCAUUACUUUUAAUCCAUGUAGCUCCCCAUAUGUAGCUGAUUUGGCUGUGUGUUCUGUGUGGGGUUUGUGUCGUGGUUCGGGAUUUUUAUUUCCCAUAAAACGCCGUCUCGUUGUAAUUGUUAUAAUAUGUGCACAGGUUUGAAAAGAGUGGCAGCUUUCAUACCUGUACAGUUGAGUACAGUUCCAUUCAUAAGCAAGACCGUGUUGAUGUAACGUACAUUUAAACAAAUUUACGUUUUUUUGCGAUACAAACGUAUGUAACGCCGUUGCAUGGUAUUUCAGAACUGACAUAAAAAUGAAAAAUGUGAAGCCUUUACGGACUGUUUGAAUGAUUUUUUUUUUUUUUUUUUUUUACCUAAAUGGGGCGAAACUGGGUUUGUUUGUUCAGUUCCUGUGGUCCAUUUCCUCAUAUAUAUGUAUGUCAUCUCAUCUCGAAAUUAUAUGAAACUGUGGCCUUGCUUUGCUGAAAAGAAAAGAAAAAAAGCUUUCCGGCCUCUACAUCGUGGUAGUUGUAAAUGUUUAUAAAGUGUACAGCGACUGUUUAAAUACUUGCUUUCAUUCAGAAGAAAAAAAAUCUGUAAAUCACUCCAUUAUUUUUUUUAAAUAAUUAAAAACAGAGAAUAUAUAUAUGUAGUGGUGAAAUAAUUGAAUCUGGUCAUGACAUUCUGUUCAUGCACUGAGAAAUAAAGUUUUAAAUGAA